CUGGGCACCCAGCUCUGCACCGACGUGUACGGAGCGGCCCAUGCCAAUGCUGUGUCGUUCAGCGUGAAGCAUACGGACGGGGUUCGCGUGGAGGUUGUUACAAAUGACCAAACGGAGGAGAUCCCAGCAAACGGAGCAAAGCGAUGGCCUCUGGACAGGGGGACGACCCUGAGACUCAGCAUGAGCAAAGCCAGCACAGAAGUCAACGAUAACAAGGUAAAUGUUAACUACUAUGAUGAGAACGGAGAACACCCCGUAGACCACGCCGGCAUCUUCCUGACAGGCAUUGGCAUCUCUCUGGAUGUUGAUGCAGACCGCGAUGGAGUGGUGGAAAAGAACAACCCACGGAAGGCGACCUGGACAUGGGGCCCAGAUGGACAAGGAGCCAUCCUGCUAGUGAACUGUGACAAGGACAAUCCUUUGAUCUCCAUGCUGGAUUGUGAGGAUGAAAGAGUAUUCAGCAAAGAAGAUUUGCUGGAUAUGGCUCGGAUGGUUUUGAGAACCGAAGGCCCCCAAAGACUGCCUCCGGGGUACGAAAUGGUUCUCUACAUUCCUGUAUCCGACUCUGACAAAGUCGGGGUCUUCUACGUGCAGAAUCCUUUCUUUGGCCACCGUUACAUCCACGUCCUGGGCAGGAGAAAGCUGUAUCACAGCGUGAAAUACACUGGUGGAUCCGCGGAGCUGGAGUUCUUCGUCGAGGGACUCCGCUUCCCAGAUGAGAGCUUCAACGGGCUGGUCUCCAUCAGCGUCAGCCUUCUGGAGUCGUUGGCUGAGGGUAUCCCCCAGGCUCCGAUCUUCACAGACACCGUUGUUUUCCGGGUCGCUCCGUGGAUAAUGACUCCAAACACGUUGCCACCAGUGAAUGUUUUUGUGUGCAGCGUGAAGGACAAUUACCUGUUCCUGAAGGAAGUGAGGAAUUUAGUGAGCAAAGCCAGCUGCGACAUGAAGGUCUGCUUCGGGUACAUGAACCGUGGUGACCGCUGGAUGCAGGAUGAGAUUGAGUUUGGCUACAUUCACGCCCCUCACAAAGGCUUUCCGGUGGUCCUGGACUCCCCCCGAGAUGGUGGGCUGAAAGAGUUUCCCAUCAAGGAGCUCCUGGGUCCAGACUUUGGCUACGUCACCAGGGAGCCUCUGUUUGAGGUCGUCACCAGUCUCGAUUCCUUCGGCAACCUGGAAGUCAGCCCUCCCGUGACCGUCAAUGGGAAGGAAUAUCCCCUGGGGAGAAUCCUCAUUGGAAGCAGUUUCCCCACAUCAGCCGGAAGGAGGAUGACCAAAGUGGUGAGAGAUUUCCUAUAUGCCCAGCGAGUCCAGGCACCCAUAGAGCUCUACUCCGACUGGCUCACCGUGGGUCACGUAGAUGAAUUUGUGACCUUUGUGCCCAUUCCUGGCAAAAAGCAAUUCCGGAUGCUCAUGGCCAGCACAUCUGCCUGCUACAAGCUCUUCCGAGAGAAGCAGAAAGAGGGCCACGGGGAAGCCACGAUGUUCAAAGGUUACUCAGGAACAGACACAAAACGGGUCACUAUUAACAAGGUCCUCUCCAAUGAAGUCAUGAUGGAAGAGAGCCAUUAUGUGCAGCGCUGCAUUGACUGGAACAGAGACAUCCUCAAGAAGGAGCUGGGGCUCAAAGAAAAAGACAUCAUCGACCUCCCAGCUCUCUUCAAGAUAGACAGGAAUGGCAAAGCCAUGGCAUACUUCCCCAACAUGGUGAACAUGAUUGUGUUGUCUCGAGACCUGGGGGUCCCGAAGCCAUUUGGGCCCAUCAUCGAGGGAGAAUGUUGCUUGGAAGAGCAUGUCCGCUCCCUCCUGGAGCCUCUGGGACUGAGGUGUAGCUUCAUUGAUGACAUCUCCUCCUACCACAAGAUGCUGGGAGAGGUCCACUGUGGCACCAACGUGCACCGGCAACCCUUCUCGUACAAGUGGUGGAAUGUGAUUCCCUAA